AUGACGAGCUUAAAGAGGACGCAGCGGUCAGACCAGGCUGCGCUGAACAUUUCCAACAAGGUCUAUGUCCGGUCGACGCGGAGCGGAAAAGUGCAGAAGAUUGUUCGGGAGGUCUACCUGAGGACGGAUAUACCAUGUUCGUCAAACUUGUGUCGGACGUGUUUGAGCCAGGCACCCAGAAAUGCGGCCAACGAAGCUCUACCAUUUGUCCUGUCGGAGAGACCGGCGGGAACAAGGUCAUUUCCUCAAGGCCACUAUCUGGUUCCUGAUACAAACGCAUUGCUGAACGCCAUGGACCUUUUUGAGCAGAGCUCAUCAUUUUAUGACGUUAUCAUCUUACAGACUGUUCUGGAAGAGCUCAAGAACCGCUCAUUUCCUCUGUACAACCGCCUUGUGGGACUGACGAAGAGCGAGGACAAGAGAUUCUACGUCUUCUUCAACGAAUUCCGCCAGGAGACAUAUGUCAACCGUGAAACCGGCGAAAGUGUCAAUGACAGAAAUGACCGCGCUGUGAGACAAGCUGUCAAGUGGUACGGGGAGCAUCUGGCAUUGACCAAGGCGGCGAAAAUCCCGGCAGUUGUCAUGCUUAGCGAUGACCGAGACAACUUGAGGAAAGCUCGAGAGCAAGGACUGCACGCGUCUUCGCUCAGAGACUACGUUAGUGAACUGGAAGAUGGCGAGAGGCUACUGGAUAUGAUUGCAGAGUCACAGUCUCAGGCCCAAGGCGGAUUCAAGCAAGCCUCUCAGCAGCCCAUUUACCCAGAGUACUAUACCGCGUCAAGGAUGAUGACGGGAGUCAAGGCCGGGUUGUUGCAUCAGGGAAUCUUCAACGUGUCUCCGUACAACUACCUUGAGGGAUCCAUCAAGGUCCCUGCUUUCCCGAAAUCUCUGCUUAUCCUAGGCCGCGAGAACAUCAACCGAGCUAUUGAUGGCGAUGUGGUAGUCGUUGAGCUGCUCCCGCAAGAUCAGUGGAAGUCACCAUCAACAAAGAUCAUUGAAGAGGAUACGAUUACGAAGAAUGAGAAUGCAGAUACGGAAGAGCGCCAAGACUUUGUAUCUGACAAAGAGCGCAAGGCACUUCAAGAGGAAGUGAAGAGGACCCAGAAGGCGUCAGGAGAGAACCAGCUACAGCCAACAGCCAAGGUUGUGGGAAUAGUGAAACGUAACUGGCGGCAGUAUGUCGGCCACAUCGACCCAUCGACGGCCAACAAGGGCUCAUCACAAGGCCGAAAGCUCGAUAGCGUUUUCCUCAUCCCCAUGGACAAGAAGAUCCCAAAGAUUCGUCUCCGCACUCGUCAAGUAUCCGAGCUUCUGGGCAAGAGGCUGUUGGUCACCGUCGACUCAUGGGACAGAGACUCGAGACAUCCUGUUGGGCAUCUGGUGCGCUCUUUGGGAGAGCUCGAGACCAAGGCGGCAGAGACGGAGGCUCUGCUUCUAGAGUGGGAUGUCCAGUACCGACCUUUUCCGAAAACGGUGCUCGACUGCCUUCCCAAGGAGGGCCAUGACUGGAAGGUGCCUGCCAGCAAAGAGGACCCUGGCUGGAGAGACAGAGAGGACCUUCGUGAACUUCUCAUUUGCAGUAUUGAUCCUCCUGGCUGCCAAGAUAUCGACGAUGCUCUUCAUGCUAGGCUAUUACCAAACGGCAACUACGAGGUCGGCGUUCACAUUGCCGACGUGUCAAACUUUGUCAAGCCUGCUAAUGCCAUGGAUACUGAAGCGAGUAUCCGUGGUACCACCGUUUACCUGGUCGAUAAGCGUAUAGACAUGCUUCCCAUGCUGCUUGGCACGGACCUCUGCUCUCUUAAGCCAUAUGUCGAGCGCUUCGCAUUCACAGUCAUCUGGGAGCUCAAUGAGAAUGCCGAUAUUGUUAAUGUCCGCUUCACAAAGUCAGUUAUUGCGUCACGCGAGGCCUUUAGCUACGAACAAGCACAGCUCCGGAUCGACGACAAGUCACAGCAGGAUGACCUCACAAAGGGCAUGCGAAUGCUGCUCAUGCUGUCCAAGAAGCUCAAGAAGAAGCGUAUGGAUGCUGGUGCCUUGAGUCUGUCUUCACCAGAAAUCAAAGUCCACAUGGAGUCAGAAUCUUCGGAUCCCAUUGACGUCAAGACCAAGGAACUCCUCGACACCAACUCCUUGGUAGAGGAGUUCAUGUUGUUCGCCAAUGUCAGCGUUGCCGCCAAGAUCUACGAAGCGUUCCCCCAGACUGCCAUUCUACGACGCCACGCCGCUCCUCCCAAGACCAACUUUGACGAGUUGGCCGAUCAGUUGCGUAUUAAACGCGGUCUUGAAUUGCGCACAGACUCCAGCAAGGCACUUGCCGAUUCUCUCGACAAGUGUGUCGACGACAAAGACUCAUUCUUCAACACCCUUGUUCGUAUCAUGGCCACCCGUUGCAUGAUGAGCGCAGAGUACUUCUGUUCCGGAACCCAGUCAUACCCUGAAUUUCGCCACUACGGUCUCGCUUCCGAGAUUUACACGCACUUCACAUCCCCCAUUCGUCGAUAUGCAGAUCUUCUUGCCCAUAGACAACUUGCCGCCGCCAUCGGCUACGAAGCCGUCCACCCUUCAGUCCGCAGCAGAGGCCGUCUCGAGGCCGUAUGCAAGAACAUCAAUGUCCGUCACCGCAACGCCCAGAUGGCCGGCCGAGCCAGCAUUGCCUACUACGUUGGCCAAGCUCUGAAGGGCAAGGUUGCUGAGGAGGAAGCCUUUGUGAUGAAGAUUUUCAGCAACGGAUUCGUGGUCCUGGUGCCGCGAUUCGGUAUCGAGGGCUUGAUCAGACUACGUGAUUUGGCUGAUCCCGAGCCGGAGAGCGAAUAUGACGCUGAGACGUACACUUUGACGACAAAGGGAGAGAAGAGCAUCAAGGUAGAACUUUUCCAAAAGGUUGUAGUUAGAGUCCAUGACGAUAAGGAUGAGAGGACAGGGAAGAGAGGCGUCAAGAUGGAGUUGGUGAGUGCUUAA